AUGAAGGCCAACCAUGAGACCUUGCGACGGAUUCAGUGGUGGGCAAGCCUGUUGGACGGAGUGUGCGACGCCGAUGUUGAUGGUCAGGCUGUCGAUGACAAGGGUUGGCACAAGAUGAGCGCUCGGAGCUUUUUGUCACGUAUCGGUCUGGCAUUCUUUCUCGGACUGAUCCCGGGAGUCGGGUUCCUGAUCUGUGCGACGCUUUCGUACUUCAAGGUCUAUCGCCCUCUCAUAGACCGCUUCAUGUUCGACGACUCGGAGCGCGUUACCUUACAGCGCUACGCGCGCCAGUGCUUUGUAACCGACCUCUUAAUUGGGCUCUUAUUCCCGGUGGCUCCGUUCUUGCGACUGGUGUUUUGUGGCAACUUGCUGAUGGUCGACUCUGCAUGGAUCCGAGUCGUGCGACAUGAUGAGAAGUGUGCUAAAGCCUUUUCUGAGGCCUACCUUGGCUCGGCUGCUGCUGCGGCGGAAGUGAACGCAACCUUGACGGCGACCGGCAGCAGUGGGCUGUUGAAGCAGGAGCUGACCCACAGAAUGACAGUCAAGCCGAUAAAGAAGAAGCCGCAGGAAGCCUUGCAGAGACUGGUCAUCCCCGCUCCUCCUCUUCCUGCGAAACCUAUUAUUCCUCGCGCGAUGACAGUGACGAAUUUCACAAUAUAUCCCUCUCUAUCGCCCAUACCUGAACUCCCGGAGGCAGCAGAGGCGGAAGUGGCGAAAGUGGUAACCCCGAUUCCGAUCCCUGGACAACAACAGCAGCGGCAGCAGCCGGCUGCUGCUACAGGAUGGCACUAUCUGGUAGGCAGUGACAAUGAAGCAAUGGAUGAGUACUUUGCGGCAAUGGUGAUUAAUGCUGCAGGAGCCGAUAAGGUGUAUUCCUUCCCACUCCCUCGCCUGGGAGCUCAGGCUCGUCGCAACCGUGCCACUGAGGCUGUCUACCGAGCUUAUGAGGUAACUUCUUCUACUGCUGAGUAUUUUACUCCGCCCGAGGCUCAUGAUGUCGAAGGCGUCGCUGGGGAUGAAGAUGAGGAUGUUGACGAUGGAUCACCUCCAGCUUCGCCCAAAGAGAAGCCCUUGACGACUUGCACUCUUCCUCUUCCAUGGCCUAUCCCAAAGUGCAAGCAGCACCAUAUCCCGCCGCAGUACUACUAUCCCAAGCAAGGGCACCUGAGCGACGACUACUGGCGACUGAGCUGUCCCCUUCUAACAGGACUCGGAGCCAUAUCCGGAUCUGGUGCCACAACUCGUUCAGGAUCACGACACGGAGGAUCCGACAGUGGCAGUCCCAACUCUAGUGCAGACUCCAGUCUUGGGUAUCCCAUCGAUCUGAAGGCGAUGGCGUUGGCGAGAGGGUGUAUCUCGAUGUCGUCGGCGCUGCCAGUUAUGCGAUGGCGCAAUCGAGAUGUGGAGUAUAGAGGAUCUCUUGUUGGUGGUGGUGGGUUUUUGACGGGCGAAAAUGACUUUGAGACCAACGAGGAUGAGGAUAUGGAAGGAAAAGAGGAGGAGGAGUUGGAGAACUCGGACUCGGAUGCAGACGAGAAGAUGUACGAGUGUGGUGAUUAUAAAGGUGACAAUGAGGAAGAGGAGGAGGAGGAGGGGUUGCAGACGCAGGGGUCGGAUCUGUCGAGUGCUGGUGAUUGUGAGUUUGGUCGCGGUGGUUCCUCGGAGAGCGGUGGUAGUGGAUGUUGA